AUGAGCCCAAAACCGUUGAUGCCGACUUCGUUGGAAGGCGAAGGGGAUGGACCUGACUACGGUGCAGUUGCUGCUCCUAGUGCUGUUGGCCAGAGAGAGAGUUUGGUCAAUGGCGGGGGUGUUUCAAUGGUUGGCGUGCCUGCAGAGAGUGCUGUGAUCAGUGAGGGACAUGCUUUGGGCGAGAGAGGAGGACAGCUUGAUCCUGUGGGAGUGGAUGUACUUCCAGUUCCUGCAACAGCUGAAUCCCUGACUCGUACCAGCGAUGAGCUUCCUGUUCAGAACAUGGCACAGGCUACUGCUGUAGGCCCAACGCCCACGACUACGAAUGCUUAUGGUCCUCUUGCCCAGCCUGCUAAUCCUGCCCCUUUGCCUCCUAUGGGUUCGGCAAGUACUGUGGAGCAGGUUACUCAGCAGGUCCUAGUGGGUGGCAUGAGUGUCUCUCCGCCAGAGGAGCUGCCGGGAACUCCCGAAGGACGAGCUUCUCAACAAGGUGGGAUGUGGCUGUUUCGAUUGGGAGAGUUUGUUCAGCGAAGGGUGAACCAAGCUGGCGCGAUCGUGACGCCCCUCUUGGAGAACCGGCAGAGAGCAGAGGACCCUCCACAGCCUUCUUCUUUAACUCCGCCCGGCAGUUGGACGGCGGCCUCACCAAGGCCUCGUUUGUUUUCGGCUUCGGCAGAGCAGCAGAUGGCACAGUGGGUUCGUAGGGCACCUCUUCUUUAUGGCUCUCCUCCUCAUCAGCAGCCUCAGAGCAACUCGUCCAGAGAGUCUUUGAACCAAGAGCAGAUCGUUGCAGAAGUGCAGAGACAAGUUAGGCAGCAACUACAUGAACACGACGAAAGACAGCAGAAGUUGUUGACGGAGAAUCAGCAGCUUCGUGAGAUGGUUGGUCGGAGACUGCGUUCAACCGAGAAGUGGCGCAGGGUGGAACUCUUCAAGUACCAGUUCGCCAGCAAGGACGGAUCCUUGAAAAUCCUCCUGGACUACAACCGAGUCCCGGUGUUCCUCUACGGGGUGUUGUUGAAGGAGCGCAGAUCCCUCAGCAUCGGCCUCAGCACGACCAGGGAGUUCUUCGUGGCAAUCCUUCUGGACAACAAGGUGUUUCAGGCGUCGCUGGAGGUGAACCGCCAGGACCGGGAGUUAGUCUCCCAAGGGAGUCCGGAGACGGCGGUGCAGCAACUGGAACAAGAUCUGGAACGGAGCCACAUCUGGGCGGUUCAGCUCAGGCUAGCGCUCCUGUUGGAGCGGUUCGUGACAGUUCGGCUGGCCCCUCUGUGA